GUUCCCCCGCCUCUCCUCUCGUCGGGCCGGACAUGGCAGUGACAGCGGAGCUGGGGGUACACGGAGCCGGGCCGCGCAGCAGGCAGGAACCGGACGGCGGGGAGAACAGGUGGCCGGUGGCCUUCCCUCCUUUGCAGCGCGGACUGUACUGAGGAGCCGUGUCGGCAGGCCGGGGAGAGCGGAGGACGGAGGGAGCCUGUGCCGCCCGCCCGGCAUGAGGAGCCCCCUGGUCCAGACCUAAGCCUGAACAGUUCUUAACAAAUGGAGAACUAUUUUGAGGAAGAAUCAUGCAACUUGGACAAAGUCUUAGAUGAGUUUGAAAAAAAUGAAGAUGAAACUGUUUCACCAAGGCUUCUGGAUGCUAAGUGGAAUCAGAUCCUCAAUCCACCUUCCCACCGUCUGUCGGAUAACUCGACAUUAGACAAUGUCACCAAGACGAUCAUUGAUAUUGAGGCUCACCUCAAAGACCGAUCACCCCGCCUGACACCUAAGACACCCUGUUCCAACGGAGAGAUCAAACAUCUAACCUCAGAGCUUUCCGUCAUGGUGACGGAAGGUACCAACAUGGCCGAAGACCAGCUGGCUGACCGCAAAGACCAGCCAGAAAAUGUUUGCAGUACCACCACUGUGCACUGUGGAGAGGAGUCCAUUUUAGGAGAUGUUACCCUUAAUAGUAGCUGUACUAACGGUUCUAAUGUGAGAAUGUGCUCAUCUCCUUGCAAUAGCCCUACAAGUAUGUCUCUUGAUAACUCUAAAAGCACACACAGCCAGAUUCUUGGUUUAGACUCAAAGCAGCCUCCACAAAACAGUACUGACUGUAAAACAGUGCUUAAUGCCUCGGAUGAUAAUGAAAUUAGUGUUUGUGCUACCAUGAAGGGACAGAACACUGUAAAUGUUGGUGUGUUCACAGAUGAUGGUGUUGAAGACCAUAAAAGUCCACCCAUUGAGUUUUCUCUGGAGUCUGAUGGUCUCCAGCUUUCUUCUAGUAUACUUGCUGUCCCCAACUUACAGACUGAAAAUAAGGAUCUCCGUCCGCCAGACAGUCUAGAUCUCUUUAGUGCUGCAACAGAAGAUACCAUUUGCAAUGAAAUGCAGCAGAAAACCUCCCUAUUUUUUUCUCUAGAAAACCAGCUUGCUAAUGAGUUUGCAUAUGAAGUCAGUCCAGCAGUCGUUGAUCAUCUUGUCCUAAAUGAUGUUCAAAAGGAUAGAUCUCCCAAACUCGUGGUGGAGCAUUUUUCAGAAUCUUUGGUAACCAAUGGGGACUUGAAUGCGACAAAAGUUAAAGAGAAUCGAGAAAAGAGCGAACUUUGUCUUGGAAGCAAUCAAAACAAAGAAUUGAGUAAUGAUGUCUUCUUGGACAGCUCUGUUAGUGUUGGCGCUGAGGACAGGAGCCUGGCUAAUGUUGAUGCAGUUGCAGACAUGUCAUUGUACAAUGGGUGUGAUUCCUAUGGAAUGCAGAACCCAAAUGUAGCUCGUAACCCAAAGAGUUUGCCGUCAAAAGAAGAUUCUGUGACAGAGGAGAAAGAAAUUGAAGAGUGCAAGUCUGAAUAUUACACCAGUGUUUACGAUCAGCAGAGGGAGGACGAUGCUCUUGAAGCAAGUGGACUUGUGCUGAACAUCAGUGGAGACCAAAUGAAGAACCACCUGCAUGGCCUCUGUGGCCAGGUGGCACCAGGGCAUGGGCAGACCUCAUCAAAACCGGCUGGCAGUAUGCAACCUCUAAGCGUCCCCUAUGGUGGAGCGCGUCCAAAGCAGCCAACUCAUCUGAAGCUGCAGAUUCCAAAGCCAUUAUCUGAUAUAUUAAAUAUUGACUUGGUUCCCCCCAAUGCUGGCUGCGGCUCCAAAAACAAAAAUGACCUGUUAAACAAGUCAAAUCAGAGUGAUAACAUGGUCUCAGAAGCAUUUCAUGAAGAAGCUUGUCUACGCAGCCCAGUUACUGAUGCAAAUGGUGACCUCCUAGGAGAUUAUAGGGGCCCCCACAGCCCGUGCCUUGCAGUGUCCCCAGAUAGCCCUGAUAAUGACCUCCUAGCUAGGCAGUAUAGAGUUUCUACCUCCAAGCCAUUCACAACACUAGGGGAGGUGGCUCCAGUCUGGGUCCCUGACUCUCAAGCACCAAACUGCAUGAAGUGCGAGGCUAGGUUUACCUUUACCAAAAGGAGGCAUCACUGCAGAGCAUGCGGCAAGGUUUUCUGUGCUGCCUGCUGCAGUCUCAAGUGCAAGCUACUAUACAUGGAUAAGAAGGAGGCCAGAGUGUGUGUUAUCUGCCACUCGGUGCUCAUCAAUGCUCAAGCUUGGGAAAACAUGCUCAGUGCAUCAGUGCAGAGCCCAAACCCAAACAACCCUGCGGAGUACUGCUCCACCAUCCCCCCUAUGCAGCAGGCCCAGGCAUCAGGUGCUCUCAGCUCCCCGCCUCCAACUGUUAUGGUGCCUGUGGGUGUUCUGAAGCAUCCGGGAACUGAAGGGUCACAGUCCAGAGAGCAAAGGCGAGUCUGGUUUGCUGAUGGUAUCCUACCUAAUGGAGAGGCCGCAGACGGAGGGAAAGCAAAUGCAGCACCUGCUGGAAACUUGACAGAUGAAAAUGAUGCCAACAAAUCCACCCCAAGCAACUCCCCUACUUUAGAGGCUGAGAAUAUAUCUGGAUUCUGUGGCAGUAUAACACAGGUGGGCAGUGCAAUGAACCUUAUCCCAGAGGAUGGUCUUCCCCCUAUCCUCAUCUCCACUGGAGUCAAAGGAGAUUAUGCAGUUGAGGAGCGUCCAUCCCAGAUGUCAGUCAUGCAGCAGCUGGAGGAUGGUGGUCCGGAUCCUUUGGUCUUUGUCUUAAAUGCAAAUCUUUUAGCAAUGGUGAAGAUUGUGAAUUAUGUGAACAGGAAGUGUUGGUGUUUCACCACGAAAGGCAUGCAUGCGGUUGGCCAGGCAGAGAUAGUCAUCCUGCUGCAGUGUUUGCCUGAUGAAAAAUGCUUGCCUAGAGACAUCUUCAGCCACUUUGUGGAGCUCUACAAAGAAGCUUUGGCAGGUAACAUGGUGGGGAGCUUGGGACACUCUUUUGUGAGCCAGAGUUUCCUGGGCAGCAAGGAACAUGGAGGAUUCCUGUAUGUGACACCCACGUAUCAGUCUUUGCAAGAUUUGGUUCUCCCUGCUCAGCCCUACCUUUUUGGAAUCCUCAUCCAGAAGUGGGAGACACCAUGGGCCAAGGUUUUUCCCAUGCGUCUUAUGCUGCGUUUGGGAGCGGAGUAUAGAUUGUAUCCAUGUCCGCUGUUCAGUGUCAGAUUCAGAAAGCCUCUGUUUGGAGAGACCGGCCACACAAUCAUCAAUGUCCUGGCUGUGAGUGUCCACACACCAGUCUGUCUUCAGCCUGAAGAUUUCCGCAACUACCAGUACACUCUGCCGGUGGUUCAAGGCUUGGUGGUGGAUAUGGAAGUCAGAAAAACCAGCAUUAAAAUUCCCAGCAAUCGAUACAAUGAGAUGAUGAAAGCCAUGAAUAAAUCGAAUGAGCACGUCCUGGCUGGAGGCACAUGCUUCAAUCAGAAGGCUGACUCUCACCUGGUGUGUGUGCAGAAUGAUGACGGCAAUUACCAGACGCAAGCCAUCAGUAUCCACAAGCAACCGCGUAAAGUGACUGGUGCCAGUUUCUUUGUCUUCAGUGGAGCCCUGAAGCCUUCAUCUGGGUUCCUAGCCAAGUCCAGCAUUGUAGAAGAUGGAGUGAUGGUCCAGAUCACAGCAGAAAGCAUGGAUGCCCUGAGACAAGCUUUGCGGGAAAUGAAGGAUUACACCAUCACAUGCGGGAAGGCAGAUGCCGAGGAGAACCAAGAACAUGUCUACGUGCAGUGGGUGGAGGAUGACAAGAACUUCAAUAAAGGAGUUAUCAGCCCUAUUGAUGGGAAAUCCUUGGAAUCUGUCACCAGCGUCAAAAUAUCCCACGGCUCAGAGUAUAAAGCAAAUGGGAAGAUUAUUCGCUGGAUAGAGGUAUUUUUCCUGGAAAGUGAGGAGCAACAGAGCGGCCUUAGUGACCCUGCUGACCAUAGCAGAUUAACAGAGAAUGUGGCCAAAGCCUUUUGUCUGGCACUAUGUCCACAUUUGAAACUCCUUAAAGAAGAUGGAAUGACGAGACUGGGACUGCGGGUCACUCUGGACUCUGAUCAGGUUGGAUACCAAGCAGGAAGCAACGGUCAACCUCUACCUGCUCGCUACACCCAUGACUUGGACAGUGCCUUGGUGCCAGUGAUUCAUGGGGGCACAUGCCAGCUGAGUGAGGGCCCGGUAACCAUGGAACUCAUUUUUUAUAUCUUGGAGAAUAUCUCAUAGGGAUGAAACAAGCAUCUCCUCACAAGCUGUCGCCAGCUGAAACAUUUGCACUUUAAUCAUGGAAGAUUCAUCUUUUUUUUUUUUUUUU